AUGGAAGAACUUAAUUUUGUCCACGGCUCAAAUUCAGUGGCUUCUGAUCAAAACCUUGUAAAUGGGCUCCAAGUAAAUCAUGAACCCACCAAUAAACUUCUCCUUCCAGCCAACUUAGAUCGUCCUAGUGAUUCAGGCACUUCUUCAGAGGGUGAUACUGUUGACAGUAGUGACUGCAAUCUUCCUGUGCUCAAGUACAUAAGUGAUAUUCUUCUAGAAGAAGACCUGGAGGGUAAGCCCUGCAUGUUGGAGGACAUUUUGGGCCUCCAAGCUGCUGAAAAAUCUUUCUAUGAUGCCCUUAAUCAGAAGGAUCCUCCUUUACCUAACCAACCCUCUUUCUCUGUGCAUCAAAGCUUUGAGAACUCAGAUGGUGGUUUUCAGAGCAGUAAUGGCUCUAUUGCUGCUAAGACAGGCAGCGUUUGGGAUUUUUCAGAAACAUCUCAUGUCCAAACUUCUCCUGUUGAGUCUCUCUCUGAUACCACUUUGGUUUCAGAUUCAUUUUCUGAUACGCAAAGUCUUGGGAAUUUUAGAGGUGUAGGGGAAGGAAAUGAAAUCAUUGACCUUGAGGGGUACCAGUGUACGCCUCCAGGUCCUAACACACUGUACAGGAAGUUGGCAUCCGUACCAGAGAAUUAUGGCUACAACUCAACAAAUGGAUCAAAGGGAAAGAAGAAUCAUCAAAGGGAGGAAGGUCAUUACACAGAAGAAGGGAGAAGCAACAAGCAGUCAGCUGCUUUUGCUGACGAUUCUGAUCUCCAAGAAAUGUUUGAUAAGGUAUUACAGGGUGUGAAUCCUGAAUCUGAGUCCUGUUUUCAUGAUGAAUCUUUAAACGCUGAGGGAACUAGGAAGUUGCAGCACAACAAGCAGUCAAAAGGAUCUAAGACAAAAUGUUCAAAGAAACCGAACAGCAACCGGCAAGUAGUAGACUUGUGCAAACUGCUAACUGAAUGUGCACAAGCUGUGGGAAGCUAUGACCAACAAUCUGCAAGUGAACUUCUCAAGCAGAUAAGACAGCAUUCUUCCCCCUAUGGUUAUGCAACCCAGAGAUUAGCUCAUUACUUUGCCGAAGGCCUAGAGGCACGCUUGGCUGGUGCGAGAUCCCUAUUAUAUCCACCUCUUCUCUUUAUGCACGCAUCAACUACCGAAAUCUUAAAAGCGUAUCAGGUGUAUGUUUCUGCAUGCCCCUUCAAGAAGAUGUUACACUUCUUUGCCAACAGAACAAUUAUGAAACAAACAGAGAAGGCAACGAGGCUUCACAUUAUUGAUUUUGGUAUUUCUUAUGGUUUACAAUGGCCCUGCCUUAUCCAAAGUCUCUCAGAGAAAACUGGUGGACCGCCAAAUCUUCGUAUCACAGCAAUUGAGCUUCCCCAACCAGGUUUUCGACCAGCCGAAAGAAUUGAAGAGACAGGGCGCCGCUUAGCUAAAUAUUCUGAGAGGUAUGGUGUCCCAUUUGAGUAUAAUGUCAUUGCUAAGAAAUGGGAAACCAUCGGACUGGAGGAACUUCAAAUUGACAGAAAUGAAGUGAUCGUGGUUAACUGUAUGCACCGGUUAAAGCAAAUUCCUGAUGAAACAGUAAUGAUGAACAAUCCAAGAGACGCUGUCUUAAAUUUGAUUAAGAGAAUUAAUCCAGACCUUUUCAUGCAUGGGGUUGUCAAUGGGACAUACAAUGCACCUGCCUUUGUCACACGGUUCAAACAGUUGCUCUUCCACUUCCAUGCGCUCUUCGAUAUGUAUGAGGCCACUGUCCCUCGUGACGAUGAACAUCGGUUGUUGUUCGAAAGAGCAAUAUUUGGCAGGGACAUAAAGAAUGUCAUAGCGUGUGAGGGACUGGAAAGAGUUGAAAGGCCUGAGACAUACAAGCAGUGGCAGGCUAGGUAUGUGAGGGCUGGGUUCAAGCAGCUCCCAUUAGACCGGGAGCUCUUUAAGAAAGUGAAGACUAUGUCGAAGAUGAUGGGGUAUCAUAAGGAUUUUGGAAUUGAAGAUGAUGGUGAGUGGAUGCUGCAGGGAUGGAAAGGAAGGAUUAUCUUAGCUCUUUCUGCUUUGAAGCCUGCAUAG